AUGAAUGCUCUACUCUACUCUGACUCUCACACAUCGUUUUAUCCGAAAGCAAGCAUUAUCAGAAGCAGAAAGAAAGAAUAAGAGGUUGCAGCAACAAUGGCAGCCAUGGCUGCGCUUCAGAGCUCAAUGGUCGGUCUCUCCCUCUCCUCCAACUCUUUCUUAGGCCAACGCCUUUCUCCCAUCACUCUCCCCUCUCUUCUUCCGGGUAAGUCAACAGAGAAGCAAUGUCCUAUUGUAAUGAGGCUUAAACGAUGGGAACGGAAGGAGUGUAAACCAAACAGCCUUCCUAUCUUGCACAAAAUGCAUGUUAAACUUGGAGAUACGGUGCAAGUCAUAUCUGGACGUGAAAGGGGUAAAGUUGGGGAGAUUACUAAAAUCUUCAAGCAUAACAGCACUGUUAUAGUGAAAGAUUUAAAUUUGAAGACAAAGCAUGUGAAGAGUAGAGAAGAGGGGGAACCAGGGCAAAUUAUUAAGAUUGAAGGUCCUAUCCACAGCUCAAAUGUGAUGCUCUACUCCAAAGAUCAGAAGGUAGCAAGCCGUGUGGGGCAUAAAGUCCUUGAUAAUGGUAAAAAAGUCCGCUACCUUUUAAAAACUGGUGAAAUAAUUGAUAGUGCAGAGAACUGGAAGAAACUGAAGGAGGCUACUAAGCUAACUGAAGAAGCUACUGCUGCUGCCGCCUAGUUUUACCUACGUAAUUCAUUCAUUCACUAGUAAUGUAACUCUAGCAGUACUUGUUGUGAUCUCUCUUCCAUUUUGUUAUCUAAUGUAUAUUUUUGGUCUGUCUAUUGAUCUCCAUAUAAUGAAACCUGGGUGAUCAAAUUUGUCUAUUGCUUAUUGAGCAAUUGAGAUUUUUUGAAGAACUAUUGUUCAUGUAAGUGACAGAGUGGUUGUUUCCUUAAUGACUCCCUGCUCAAAC